AUGGCAUUUGUCCUGACUGCGCCAUACCCCGCUUACGAGAGGUGGUGACUACGGCGGAGUCACAUACUGGAGAGUUAUCCCCAAGAGAACUAACUAUCCACCUUUAUUUUGUCGUUCAUCGAUUCUGCAGGCGAGCGGAGAGCUUUUCCAGUUUACAAAGUUGCCAUCAUUCCAGAACGAUGACCUUUCAUCCUCCCCUCCCCCAAUCUGAGAACGACUUUAUGGCUCUGCUUGAGUCCCGUUCUUACUCAGCACGCGGGCAACUUACCGCAAGGCUUGCCCAUGUCUACAGAGACGACGAUGCUCUGUCUACACUAAUUAAGCUGUUGCUGACUACAAAGCCCGUGGUUUAUUCCAUUCCGAUAGUUCAACCGACAGAAGCCAACAGUGACCUAGAGGCUGACGGCGGCAUCCCCGUACCCAACAUGGUAUAUAGAAAUUUGAUUGUCCCUCAGACAGACGCGGCCGCCAAGUAUUUUCAGCGCGAAGCAGCUCUGGCUAUGGCCACAAUUGCAGGGAAUCAGAUGGAUCUGUUACUCGAGAACCUCGUUGAUCCUUCGACAAUCGGAAAACCUCGAGUCAUCACAUACUGUGCUCGCAAAGCAUCAGAUACGCAGCUGACUGCAGUUUAUGCGAAAUGUGUUCCCGCAGUACAGAAGCCUCUAAUUGAAGCCCUUAGGAAAUCCUCCCGUCCUGAUCUAGUCAACAAGCUGCUUGGCGAGAACCCCGCUUUCGAAAUAAAGGAGCCAAUUGUUCCAGUUUGUGUGCGGUUGGAGCGUGAUUUAAAAGCGUCAAACGAAUGGGAUCGGGCCAAAGUUUGGAUGUCAUAUCAGUCAGCCUUUGCUAGUGUAAAGGGUAGACAUCAGGUGCAGCAUCAACAUGACCCGGUAUUUACUUUGAACGGGCCUCUGUCUGAUACCCUCCUUCGCUUGCAAGAAGAAUACCCGCCUCUAUUCUUUGGUGGCGUCCAUGACCCAACUUCGCGCUUUCCCAUGUUGGCUUACAUCUUGAAAAGACUUUUCGUUCCGCUACUUCUUGCGGACCCACCUCGGAUAAUGAAGAUCCUGCAAAACACGUCGUGGGCCGUAGAGGGCAGUGGAGAACAAAGUAGAUACAUUCUUCAGGAUACCUUCAAACUACUCACGAGUAGCAAGCAGGUUCAAAAGUUUUGGAGGAAUCAACCCGAUCAGACAGGGCUAGUUGGCGACUUGGUGGAAAGUUUGAUGAGCGUGGGCAAUGGAGCUCUGCUGAAAGCCGGACUUCUACCAGCAGAACAACUCUUCAUCUGUCGCGCACCUGUGCUGAUGCGGCUGAUCCGCGCAGCGAUCAACUUCCUUCCAGAGUCUCAAUCAAAAUCCAUUCCCGCUUCAUCGAAGAAAGAAGUGCAUAACAUUUUCCGUUUCGCAGUCGGGGGGCUCAAUAUUCUCGGCAAUCGCCUCAUUACGACCUCCACCCGUCGCGACAGAGUGUCAGCUACUGAUAUGUUUCACCAGAUGUACUCAACUCUUCUAACAGCUAUUGUCAAACGAGCUAUGGCAGUUUUACCAUUGCUAUGCACCAACGACUAUGGGUUCCACAAGCUCCUCUAUAAAAGCAUUUUUCUGCUUAUCGACAUCAAUGCUUUAGAUGCCUAUCCUCCGUUGGCAGAAGAACUGUUUAGCCUAGUUCAGAGCAUCUUCUGGCCAUCAGGUACCGGUGUUCAGCCGUGGGUAGCGUGUAUUGGAUCUUUGGUCGUUCGCCUUCUUGCGCCAACUUCGCCAAGCAUCUUUGACUUUCCCAACGACGACGUAGACUCACCCUUCUCAUCUGUGCCGCCGUUCUCAAACCAAACUGCCUUCAAUGCUCUACUAAAAUAUUACCCACCCAAUAUUAAUAUAAGAGCAAUGGAAUAUUGGACGAAUAUAGCCCAAGGAAAGAUCGCAACCCCUUCGAAGUGGGAGAUUUCGUUUCGUUUUGCACAGCCAUCUCUUACGAAAGAAAAGCGAGUUUUCUUGACGAAUAGACAGAGGGAAGAAUUGUUCUUUCUUAUCCGAGACAAAAUCAACCUUUCAAUGUUCAAAAGCGAGCCCGGAAUCAUCCUUGCCGCAUUGGAUGUGCUGGCACCGACACCGGAGCUGCGGCAUGAAGUCGCCUGGAGAAUGUAUAAUCAUGAAGAUGCAACGGACGCUGAUCGUCAAAUGAUUGGUCAGUAUCUCGAUGUUGAACGCUGGGAUGUUCGCGAGGAGUUUCAGAAAGCGGCGAAAAAAGCGGUAUUCGAAGAUCGGCUGAACGUGUACAAGGUCUUGUUGAAUGCCGCCCGUAAGCGGCGAAGCGUAAGGGCGUGGAUUGAGGCGCUGAAGUUUAUGGUGCCAAGAAUGACCAACGAGAUUCAUCCAAACCUGCUCAUGUUGGUACCGCAUCUGAAUUGGGAGGGAUGGAGUGGAACAGUGCCAAAACAAUGUCUUGAUGAUGCUAUGGAGGAUGAGGCCAAGGAACUGGCUGCGCUAUAUUUGAAGUUGGAUGCACAGAACUUCUCAGCGGUAACAAUCGUCUGGCCGCUCGCGGGAUUCAUAUCUAACAUUGCCAAUGAAGCUAUUGCAAGAUUCAUUUCAACUCCGUUACACCCUCUUUUUUGCUUUGGUGUGGAAAUCGCUUGGAGGCGCGUACUGCACACGGCUGGUGAGGGCCAGGCGAUCCAUCAGUUCAAUAUUCCCCUUGUCGAGCCCAAAUAUUAUUGUGGCGCUCUCUCCGAACGAAGUGAAAAUUGCGAAUUUUUACGGCGAAAAGCGGUACGCUUGAGCAGGACCGUUGGCGAGGAUUUAGGAACAGGAAAGCAGAGGUAUAGGUGGGGCCUCGCCUCCAUACGGUAUGGAAAAGAAGAAGAGUUCGUCACAGCUGUGAUUGGGUUAUAUAGAGAUAGGUUUAAGGUGAACGACGCCGCGAAUUGCGAGAGAAGUCUUUUGUUUAGACAGGUUUGUUUGGACGCUGCCAAGGCGCUUGGGGUUCGUUGGGUACUAUCUCGUACACUCCUGUCAUACGCGGAUUCGCUUUUGGAAGAACUGCAGUCUGCUCCUCGUGUUUUAGUGGGUGGAGGGGAAACAGUGCUCGAUUGGUCUGCUACUUGGAUUACCAGAAACAAGGAGGACACGCCCCACUGGAGAGAUCCCCGUGAACUCAUCAUGACUCUGUCUUCCCUCUUUGAUCAACCCUGGAUACGAAAAAAUCGCGUUAUGCUGCCAUGGUAUAAUACCUUCCGUACUCUGCGCCUCGAAUCUACUUACGCCGUGGAGGAAGUCAACGCCCUUUUCAAUGAAUGUCAAUCGUUGGAAGGAAAAGUGGACUUUAAGCGAACAGACGCAUUAGUCGUCGCGCUCGUGGCAAUCUCCCCAUCGGCAAUUGCUUUGGAACAGGUUCAAACGCACCUAUGUGACUUCCGUCAAGAUUUGCUCAAAGAGGCGUAUCUGACAGGACGGGAACAUUUUUCGGGUGUCUUUAAUCAGAUGCGGAACUCAACAGGUGCGACUGCUCCGGUCCCACUCAAUCCGGCAUUUCCUUCUCGUCUUUUCCCGCGUCAGUGUCGACUUCUUGCUCAGAGAUAUCUUUCUAUUACAAAGGAUUCCUCUCUGCCCAUUAGCCAACGCAUUGAUUCUGCAGAGAAGUACGCGCAGCUUCCUGUUACGAAUCUAUCGCAUCUUGCAGAUCUUCUUGCCACCCCCCGUCUUCCCUCUCGCGUCGCUGAAGCGAUUUUAAUGUUCCUUCCACGGAUGGUAGAGCCGGCCUGCGGUAUUCAGCUACUGUUGGCGCCGGGGUACCUGUCCUCUGAUCUGGCUCGCACGUCAGUUCAUGCUGCCAAACAGUCCCUGAAUUUUGUACCCAUCGAAAAGGUAUCAGAUUAUAUUGUGCCACUAUUUCCCCACCCGCCCUCGAAACAGCAGCGAGUGACAGUUCAAAAAGAGCUGGUACGACUGGCUUCGGAGUACAUUCGAAAUUCGGAAUGCAGAGCACUGCUCAUGAAUUUAUGGCAAAGAGAUUCACUACACAUUGAUGUACGGAUGGUAGUGUUACAAGUUGCUAUUCGGAUUAUUAGCACUGGUGGUUGGGAGGUCAUGGAUCCGCAAGUAAACAAUAUGGCUUGGACCAUCGUGGCAGAUGCCGCAGCAGAUGCAAAGCAUAGAGCCACCGGAGCGGCAAUACCUUUGCUGGCGGCAAUUCCGUGCGGAGCUCAAUUUAUGGACAGUGGGAUUCUCCGCAAAGGAUGGGUUCAUAGCUCAACACUCUCAAAUAUUGCCUUUAUUCAGAUUGAGAAAGGCCAGCAAUCACGGUAUCUUGACAUUGCUCUUCGGCCUUUGUGUUCCCAAAUUGAGAUCGAUGAAAAAGACCCUGGACGGGAGAAUGCACGGUUGGUAAAACACUUAGCGUAUCAAACGAUUAAUUCUUCGUGGAUAACACCGCAGAAUGCCCAUUCAUUGGCGACUGAAUGGAGAUCGGCCGCAACAAGGAUCAUGUUGGAUGAUUCAAUGUUAGGACUAUGGCAGACGUUGAUGACUGGUCUUGGCGAGUGUGCCGCAAGGGACAGCUCUCCGACCGGGCCAUGGCGUGAGCUGAUAGCUAUUGUUGAUAUGCUAGCUGAGGUACUGGCGGAUGCCGGUGAAAGCAGACAUCGACGAAAGUUGGCGCGAACAAGAAUCCAGCAGCUUUGCCUGGAAUCAGAAUAUCUAUUUUUGAGAAUCUCGGAUUGGUGCGAUGCAACAAAUCGAGUAGAACUUGUCCGACCUUUGAAAGAUCACAAUCUGCAGGACUUCUUCUGGCGUACGAUACUUGAUCGGGAGUUUGCAUUAUUUCAGCCAACAUUGGACAUACCUCAGUCCGAAAUCAAGCCUCAAAUAUUGGAAAUACUAGAGCAUCUCGUUGUGUAUGCCAACAUGUAUGCCGAGGAUCCGUCAUAUGCUGUGGAGAGAGUGUUGAGACUUGUAACCGCUAUGCCUACCAUCGCAACGAAGCAGGCCGUUCUUGAGAUAGUGCUCCAAGGGGAAGGGGAGGUGGGCCAAUUCGUGUUUCUUGAUUCCAUUCAGCUAGCAUGUCUGGGAAUGGGUGGUCUUCCAGCGUUGUGGGACAACGAGUCUAGUGGAGACCAUCUUCGGGGUCUUGCCACAAGAUUUGUAGAGCGCAUUAGCUCAAAUGACCGUGAAACACAAGUGUUCUACAGGAGAGAGUGGAAAGGAAUCGCAACGAUAAUUGAGGCUAUUAUGCAAUCUCAUACGAUGGAGUCUCAUAAGGGUCUUCUGGAUGUGUCAAACCUUCGUCGAGGACCUAACCUCCUCAUGCCUUUAUUUAUACGAGCAAAGGCAGCUGGAUGGGAAGGACCUGACGCCGACAUCUUGCUGCACAUUGUCAUGGCGAAUCCAGACAUUACUUUUGCACGUCUGCCGUCAGAAAUCUGUGGUUUUCUACACACGCAAUAUGUGCGAGGGCGAAUCGAUCUACAGGAAGCAAAGACUAUUAUGUCGCGGUUGGUCUUGUAUGUGCAUCGCGCGGCGAUAUUGUUUGCCUGCAAAACAAGUGCAGAAGUCUUCAAAGUUGUGGAACAUGAUUUGUCCCCGGCGGCAGUGAUCGUAAUUGAGGCCAUUCUGAAUGGGCGGUUACAUAGCGUCAACUUAACACCGCUCGUCCUGCAGCAUGACAUUCCGUUCAGUAUUGUCGCUGGCGUCACAUUUCGCUUUAUCAGCGAUGUGGGUGCGGAUGGAGGUGAUAUUGAGGGCCGAGAUGGGAAGGAUACAACCAAGAAAAUGCAUCACAGAUGGCAGGGGCUUUUGGAAAACUGGGGAGGGUACCUCAAAAGUAUGGUCCAAGCGACGGAAACAGAUGCUCGUAUGACUCCAGCAAUACAACGCAUGUAUAGCGAAUUGGGCAACGAGCUGUUGAGUUCAUAUCCGCGCUUUACUGUCCUUAAUCCAGAGGCGUACAUUCGCCACAUGCGAACUUGCCUUGCCGCUCCACACUCAACCCUCAGCCCCGUUCAAAUAGCGACUCAAAUUAUCUCCGCCCUCGAUCCUGUUCAAGAAUCCGAAUCGCCGAACAGAUGGCAAUGGGCACCACCUCUCCUGCUAGGUCUAGACUAUGUGCAGCGGUUCCUGGAUGAUAUUCGAGAUGAUGUUAAUAUAGAGGGAGAGAGAGAAGGGAGGCUUGUGGACAUGAUUGCAGCCAGGGUGCUGCUUGGGUGGUCAUCCAUAAUUAGCACAGCACUGGGAAAAGCCAUGCUGGAGGCUGAGGGUCAAGAAAGAGUUAAGCGGAAGUAUUUAGAGAUUUUGGAUAGAGUAGAUGCUGGAGCUGGGAGAGCCAUUGCGAUGGAGAUUGCUCCUAUUAUUUGAAAGCCGAGUUGCCCUAUUGACUUACUGUCAAUAUUAGUAGAGUGCGGCGCGCAAAAGGAAUUGAUUACGAUAGGCGGAUAGUGUAAAUAAGAACGUUACAUGGUAAAUAUAGCGGCAUCUGCUAUGGGUGUAGAGUGAUAAUAAUGCACGUCAAGACGAU